UGUCAGCAAGUUUUGCAGUCUCUAGCGAAGGCAAUCAAAUGACAAAUGAUGCAUUUAUAACCUGAUUUAUAUCAUUCAAAGAGACCACAGGCUUUCCUCCCAAGGGAAGGUCAGGAAGUUGGUCAACGACACCUGACCAUUUUUCUUUUCCUUUUUUUGCCAUGGCUUUUUUUAUUGGGCCAAAACUAAUGGAUUUUAAAAAUUCACCAGCACAUCUUCAGUUUAAUAAGUAUGUUCUGACGGGAUACCGGCCGAUAUCGACCUACAGAGACUGUCUGCGGAGUUUGUUCUAUCUGCACAAUGAAUUUGGGAACAUAUAUACACAUGGUAUCCCAUUCAUCUGUUUUCUGCUGUUUCUGCCUCUCAGUAUCCCCUGGGCGGAAGUGGAUGAGUGGUGGAUCGGUGUGGUUCAUUAUCUGGCUUGUCUUUCUCCAACCGUAUGUUCAGUCUUUUAUCAUCUCUUCAUGAACCAUGAAGACGGAGCACCAAUAUAUGACACGCUGCUGUGCCUCGACAUGUUUGGUGUCUGUCUCGUAAACACUCUUGGUGCUUUGCCCAUCAUUUACAUCACUCUUCUAUGUUACCCCACACCCCGCCAUGCAGUGAUGUUAGCAUAUCUCCUUCUCUCCGGCUAUGGUGUUCACUGCGCAGUCACAGCACGGAAUAACAUGCAGCGUCUUCAGUCGUUCGCCUGGCAAGCGCUCUUCCGCUUCUUUCUCUUCUUACUGCGUCUAAUUGGUGCAGGGAGAGGAAGCCCCGCCUCCCUUCGCCUCUACCUCACCAUGGAUACUCUGGCUUUGCUAGGAGGACUGGUCAAUGUUUCCCGCCUGCCUGAGCGUUUUAGUCCUGGGCAGUUUGACUACUGGUUUAACAGUCACCAGAUCAUGCACAUCAUGGUUAUCCUCUCGAUACUGUACUUACACUGGGGCAUGCUAGAGGACUUAACCUGGUUAAAGGGAUACCACUGUCCUAAUGAAUAAAUCUGACUGAUUAGAUGUAAUGAUACUCAAACUGUGGGGAAAUGUAUGUUGCAGGGCCCUUAAAAAUAGUAUUUUGGUGGUACCAUGGUACAUUGAAGAUAUCAGUUGGUAAUUCUAUGGUAUGAGCCGCCUAACUGACAGUAUUUUUGGUCACCAUAUGGUGGUACUUUAUGGUAAGAGUAUGGUAAUACUACAGUAUUUUGAUACCAUGUUCAUAUACUAUGGGGUGUACAUAGUAGAUAACUAUGGUUUUGCAGGAGCACCGUGUCUAUAAAAUUAUGGUAAAGCCAUGGUACUUGUAAAAGCUCUGAAAAUAGUGUUCAAUUAUUUAUUUAACAAGGAUGUAGCAUCAUAUUGUUUGAAAUGAAAUAAGAUGUAUUUGUGUUUUGGUUUAGGGAAGUGCCAAUACAAUGUCAAAUUAUAAGCUUUAAACUCCUUUUUAACUUCUAAGGUUCAAAAUGUAAACCCUGAUAAAAUGGUAU